GUACAAACCAUGAGGUUUAUAAACUAGGAAUCAUAGUUUAGCCAGCGCCGUGCCUUCUAAAUGUAGGGGAAUUAUCCAAAUUGGAUAAAUGUGUGCCGUUCUUUUGGCAAUUUGCCAUGGGAGGAAUAACAACACAACUGAGAAUAUCAUCCUUCCCUCACUGCUCCGAGAAAUAGUUCUUUGGGAGAAUGCUCCCCUAUGAGCCAAGGACCGGAGAACAGGACACAAGUGACAGAAUUUAUUUUAAUGGGACUUUCAGACCUCCCAGCUGUCCGCUUCUCCCUGUUUGUCAUCAUUUUGCUUAUCUAUCUAGUCACACUCCUGGGCAACGGCACCAUCCUCCUUGCCAUAGGAACUAAUUCUCAGUUGCACAACCCCAUGUAUUUCUUCCUCAGUAAUCUUUCCUUGCUGGACAUCUUCUGCCCCACAGCUACAGUGCCCAAGAUGCUGGAGAACCUCUUGACAGAAUGCAGUUCCAUCUCCUUUGCUGGCUGUAUGCUACAACUCUACUUCCUGGUGGCCCUGGCAGGGACUGAGGUCUUCCUCUUGGCCGUCAUGGCCUAUGACCGCUAUGUGGCCAUAUGUAACCCUUUGCGGUACACGGUCAUCAUGAACAAGAAGCUUUGCCUUCAGAUGACUGCAGGGACGUGGGUCACUGGCUUUCUCAAUUCAUUGUUGCAUACAACCUUUACUUUCAUUCUACCUUACUGCAACUCCAAUAGAAUCAACCAAUAUUAUUGCGACAUCCCACCCGUCUUGGCCUUAUCUUGCGCUUCCACCUAUGUGGCCGAGAUGGUUGUCCUCAUCGUUGGUGGCAUAUUUGGUGUAGGGGCUUUUCUAAUCACCUUGAUUUCCUACACUCACAUCAUUGCCACCAUUCUGAGGAUCCGUUCUGCCGAGGGAAAACGUAAGGCCUUUUCUACCUGCGCGUCCCACUUAAUAGUGGUUUGUCUUUUCUAUGGAACCACCAUCUUUACGUACAUAAGACCUUCCUCCAGUUACCAUCCAGACCAGGAUAGGCUAGUGAGCAUGCUCUAUGGGAUGAUUACUCCUAUGCUAAAUCCCUUGAUUUAUAGCCUUAGAAACAAAGAAGUGAAAAGGGCCCUUGAGCGCCUAAUAGUUCGCCAAUUCCAUUAACAGCAGAGAAUUUAAUGAGAUUGUAGAAAAUGUAAUUAGUUUAGUUUAGUUUAGCUUAUCUGAUAUGAAGAUGUGUCCAGAAUUUUGCAACAAGGAGAAAUAGAAUUUGUUGUGACAAUAUAUUGUUUCUGUAAACUGUUUGAGAGAGUUGUAAUGCACUGUGAAAUGAUAUUUUUUGGAGUAUAAGAUGCACCGGAGUAUAAAACGCACCUUAAUUUUUGGGGAGGAAAAUAAGAAAAAAGCUGAUUGGUGGGUGGAUUGG